GGGGUGGGGGGGGGGCAGCAGGGACAGAGACUCAGAGAGGAGAUAAAGACUCAGAGAGCAGGGAACAGAGGCCCACAGGGGGGAGUACAAGAGACUCAGGAGCAGGAAGAGGUGACAGAGACAGAUGCAGAGAUGACAGAGCUUAGCAGGCAGUGAGGUCAGAGUGUCUGUGAGGUCGGCUGCUGUCCAGGACCAGCCUGGGGUCCUGGUGCCCAGAGGAAGUGGCUACCAGUAGUAGACCAGGAGUCCCUGUGGGUCCCCUCGGCCUGAACCAUGAAGACCUUGGACGGACUGCCCAGCGUGUCUUUGGUGUCCACAAGUCCCAUAACCCCUCAGCCCUCUUCCGGGCACUCACCCCUGCAGGCGAAGAUGUCCUCAGCCCAGGAAAGCUGCCUCAGCCUCAUCAAGUACCUCCUCUUCGUCUUCAACCUCUUCUUUUUCGUCCUCGGCAGCCUGGUUUUCUGUUUCGGGAUCUGGAUCCUUGUGGACAAGACCAGCUUCGUGUCAUUUGUGGGCUUGUCCUUCAUGCCCCUGCAGAUCUGGUCCAAGGCCCUGGCCAUCUCUGGAAUCCUCACCAUGGGCCUUGCCCUUUUGGGCUGUCUGGGGGCCCUGAAGGAGCUCCGCUGCCUCCUGGGCCUGUAUUUUGGGAUACUGCUGCUCCUGUUUGUCACACAGAUCACCCUGGGGAUCCUCAUCUCCACUCAGCGGACCCGGCUGGAGCGGAAGGUGAAGGACAUCAUACAGGAGACGAUCCAGAACUACUACGCCAACCCGGAGAAUACCGAGGCAGAAGAGAGCUGGGACUAUGUGCAGUUUCAGCUGCGCUGCUGCGGCUGGAACUCUCCUGAGGACUGGUACCGUGUCCCCAGCCUGAGCAGCAACGAGUCGGUGUACCAUGUGCCCUGCUCCUGCCGUAACUCAUCGGUGACCAACGACUCCUCAGUCUUGGAUAUGAUCUCCCCGACCCAGUUCAGCCGAAUUGGACCACUGGCCCGGCCCCAGCACAGUACAGAGCUUUGCGUGGUCCCUGCAAACAGCAAUACCUAUCGCGAGGGCUGCUCGCGGAGCCUGCAGAAGUGGUUGCACAACAACCUCAUCUCCAUCGUGGGCAUUUGUCUGGGCGUCGGUCUACUCGAGCUCGGCUUCAUGUCGCUGUCCAUAUUCCUGUGCAGAAACCUGGACCAACUCUACGACAGGCUCGCCCGGUACCGCUAGGCCCCGCCCUCCCCAGAGACCCACCCGGCCCCUUCCCAGACCCCUGUAAAUAUUUGUUUAAUCCCCAGUUCUCCCCAGCCACUGAGCCCUAAGGCUCCUCAUUCCCCCCUGGGACCCAGGUGUCUGCCUGCCCCACUGCUGUCCCCAAUCUCGUGGGACCUGGGGCUUCCUGCCACCAGCUUCCUGCCCCCAAAGAUACCUCAUUUCUUUGACUCAUCUGUCAGCCUACCACUUCCCACAAGAUUAUUUUCACCCAAACCUCAAAUAAAUCCCCUGAGUCUUGGUAAAA